AUGUCGUCGUCAGAGGUAAACCCUCCCUACGCGCCCUUCUUUGGGUUUGCCGGAAUUGCCUCCGCAAUGAUCUUCUCGUCCAUGGGCGCCGCAUACGGCACCGCAAAGGCCGGUGUCGCCAUCGCCGGAGUCGGCACCUUCAAGCCCGAACUCAUCAUGAAGUCCCUCAUCAGCGUCAUCAUGUCCGGCAUCAUCGCCGUCUACGGCCUCGUCAUCGCCGUCCUCAUCGCGGGCGACCUGGGCCCCAAGAACUCAUAUUCGCUCUUCAGCGGGUUCGCGCACCUGGGCGCUGGCCUGUCGGUUGGGCUGGCCGGUCUGGCGGCCGGCUAUGCGAUCGGGAUUGUGGGCAACGCUGGCAGUCGCGCGUUCAUGAGCCAGGGGAAGGUGUUUGUGGGCAUGGUGCUGAUCUUGAUCUUUGCGGAGGUGCUGGGGCUGUAUGGGUUGAUUGUGGCGUUGAUUUUGAACACCAAGACGAACGGCUAA